AUGGCUACUCUGAAGAAUAGGGGAUUUUUUUCCCCUGGGGACGACAUUGGGCAUGACCAGGCCACGGAUGCUUUGAAGAAUAGGGGAUAUAUCAGGCAUGACCAAGCCAUGGCUACUCUGAAGAAUAGGGGAUUUUUUUCCCCCAGGGGCGACAUUGGGCAUGACCAGGCCACGGUUGCUCUGAAGAAUAGGGGAUAUAUCAGGCAUGACCAAGCCAUGGCUACUCUGAAGAAUAGGGGAUUUUUUUUCCCCAGGGGCGACAUUGGGCAUGACCAGGCCACGGAUGCUCUGAAGAAUAGGGGAUUACACGGAAAUGCUUUUCUGUCUCCCAACCCCCAUGCCAAGGAUGCUCUACCAACUCAUAUCCUCGAUCCGGAUGGCGAAGUUAUCCUAGUUUUGGGCGAUCCUCCUCCUUUUGCGGUGUGGAACGAAGAAAUUAUUUCCAAUGAGCUCUCUGAGGACCAUUCUGAACCAAAGAUUCACUGCGAGAGCCACAGACAGGAGGCCGACGUCCCAAGAGGCUCGAGUCCACAUAAGGAAAAGAAAAGGAAUCUCAAGAAGAAGAAAAGGUCCUCCCACUAUACUCGUGAUCAAUCCAGCAAGCCAUGUAUAGAAGAGCACAUUGAAGUGCCUGCGGAAGCACCUGUUGAAGAAGCCGCCGAAGAGCCUGCCGAAGAGCCUGCCGAAGAGCCUGCCGAAGAGCCUGCCGAAGAGCCUGCCGAAGAGCCUGCCGAAGAGCCUGCCGAAGAGCCUGCCGAAGAGCCUGCCGAAGAGCCUGCCGAAGAGCCUGCCGAAGAGCCUGCCGAAGAGCCUGCCGAAGAGCCUGCCGAAGAGCCUGCCGAAGAGCCUAACGCAGCUGAAUUUGACGGUGGGCGCUCGGAUUCAGAACAUAGCGGUACUUAUCAGGGGCCUGCUGACGAGAAUUGCGAUUACAAUCAAGGCGGCACGGAGCAGUGUGGUAGUGACGAAGCCUUGUCCGAGAGGGGCUACCGGAUCCGAGUAUCGGCGAAGCAUUUGACCCUUGCCUCUCCCGUUUUUAAGAAAGCACUAUUGGGCAAGUGGAACGAGAGUGUGACUCUCUUACAAAAGGGCUCCGUUGAUAUUCCUGCAACGGGCUGGGACAUCGAAGCAUUCUUAAUCUUGCUUCGAAUUAUACAUUGUCAGCCCAAUGAUAUACCUCGGGAGUUAUCUCUCGAGAUGCUUGCUAAAGUCGCUACAAUAGCAGACUAUUACCAAUGCAAGGAGGCGAUGGGGCACUUCCUGGAUGUGUGGAUUGGAAAAUUAUCAGCAAUUCCGGCGAACUAUUCUCGGGAUUUAAACUUGUGGUUAUGGAUUUCCUGGGUGUUCCAACUGCCAAGCCAGUUCAAGGAAGUGACCUCGAUAGCUAUGUCGCAGAGUCCGUGUCGGAUUAGUAGCCUAGCGCUUCCAAUCCCCGAAAACAUUCUCGAUGCAAUAAAUUAUGGGAGGGAGAAUGCUAUCCAAAAAUUAAUUCUUCUUCUUCAUAAGGAACACCAGACCUUGCUAUACGGCGGAAAUGGGUGCAGCUUUGAAUGCAGGUCAAUCAUGUAUGGUGCUCUCACACUGGAGAUGCAAUCAAAUGAAUUGUACUCGCCAAAGCCCGAGGCUCCUUUCCCGGGGUUCAGUUACAACGGACUCGUGCAGAGGGUGCUUUCGUUUAAAUCGCCGAAAUGGUACCGUUCGCCCUCAGGUUAUUAUAACUGCCACGCUUGCCUCCAUUCCUCCUUUAACUCCCUUCUUGGCCCGUUGGAUGAAGGUAUCGGAGGGCUUGAUCUCAGCUAUUAUAUAUCUUAA